UUAUGGAAACAGUACACGCGGCCGCCAUUGUGGCUUUAAUAACACUUGCUGUCUUCAUUCUUGUACAGCCAGCGUUCAGCUGCUCAUGGCAAGCUGUAUGAAAUGUAACAUAAAACAGUCUGUCUGAACAUGGCUGACAUAUAACCUGCAGGAACGUAGCAGCAGCAGUGGGCAGUGAGUUACAGGGAUAAUGGACUCCUGGACCCCGAACCCCAGAGCCAAACCCUUCAUCCCCCGACAGCAGCGCAGCCUCUACCUUACCUGGAAAUACAAACUCACCAACAAACGCGCUCUCCGCCGAAUUUGCCAGGGCGGUGCAGUCUUAUUCUUGUUCAUUACUGUAAUUGUGAACAUCAAACUUAUUCUGGAAACCAGGAGAGCAGCGAGCGAGGAAGAUCCUGCUCCAGAUUACGAUGAUGCCUUGGCCAACAUGGAAACGCCUCGAAGACCGGCCAGCGGACGCAAAGUGUUGGACAUCGAGGUGUACUCCAGUCGCUCAAAGGUGUAUGUGGCAGUGGACGGCACCACAGUAUUGGAGGACGAGAUGCGGGAGCAGGGAAGAGGCAUACAUGUUAUAGUGCUCAAUCAGGCUACUGGUCAUGUAAUGGCUAAGCGAGUAUUUGACACCUACUCUCCCCAUGAGGAUGAAGCUAUGAUCCUCUUUCUCAACAUGGUCACUCGUGGCAGAGUCCUAAUCUUCACCAUCAAGGAUGAGGGAACCUUCCAUUUGAAAGAUGCUGCUAAGAACUUGUUGAAGGGACUGGGCAGUCAGGUGGCUGCUACUCUUAGCUGGAGAGACAUGUGGACUCUGGUUGUGAAAAAAGGAGGUCAGGUGUAUGGGGAGAAGCACUCAAAAUCACCUGCUCUCUCCACCUGGGGAGAUCCUGUGCUGCUGAAGACCGAGGUUCAGCUCACGGCGGCUGAAGAGGCAGAGUGCCACUGGGCAGACACAGAGCUGAACCGAAGGAGGAAACUCUUCUGCAGUAAAGUGGAGGGUUAUGGCAGCAUCUGCAGUUGUAAGGAUCCAGCGCCAAUAGAGUUCAACCCAGAACCACUUCCCAACAAUAAUGUCUACAACGUCCCAGUUGCUGUCAUCGCAGGGAACAGACCAAACUAUCUCUACAGAAUGCUGCGCUCCCUCCUGUCCUCCCACGGCGUGAACCCACAAAUGAUCACUGUUUUUAUUGAUGGUUAUUAUGAGGAGCCUAUGGAUGUGGUGGAGUUGUUUGGGCUUAAAGGAGUUCAGCACACACCCAUUAGCAUUAAAAAUGCCCGCGUGUCCCAGCACUACAAAGCCAGUUUGACUGCAACUUUCAAUCUCCAUCCGGAUGCAAACUUUGCCAUUGUCCUGGAGGAAGAUCUGGAUAUUUCCAUUGAUUUCUAUAGUUUUCUCAGUCAGACCAUUCAUUUGCUUAAUGAAGAUGAGAGCAUUUAUUGCAUAUCAGCCUGGAAUGAUCAGGGCUAUGAGCACACAGCAGAAGACCCGUCACUGCUUUACAGGGUGGAGAGUAUGCCCGGCCUCGGCUGGGUGCUCAAAAAGAGCCUCUACAAGGAUGAACUAGAACCCAAGUGGCCCACUCCUGAGAAGUUGUGGGACUGGGAUAUGUGGAUGCGCAUGCCAGAGCAGAGAAAAGGGAGAGAGUGCAUAAUUCCCGAUGUCUCCCGCUCCUAUCACUUUGGCAUCGUUGGCCUCAACAUGAACGGUUACUUCCAUGAAGUAUACUUUAAGAAGCAUAAGUUUAACACUGUCCCAAAUGUUCAGCUGAAAAAUGUUGAUGGCCUGAAGAAAGAUGCCUAUGAAGUAGAGAUCCAGAAUCUGUUACGUGAGGCAGAAGUUCUGGAUCACAACAAGAACCCAUGUGAAGACUCAUUCAUCCCAGACACUGAAGGAAAGACCUACCUCAUGUUCAUCAAAAUGGAGCAGGAGACGGACACGAGCACCUGGACUGAACUGGCCAAGUGCCUUCAUGUGUGGGACCUAGACGUGCGAGGCUAUCACAGAGGGCUCUGGAGGCUCUUCAGAAAGAAAAACCACGUCCUUGUUGUAGCUGUUCCAAUCUCGCCUUACUCCACUCGGAAGCCUGCCCAUAUUACCCCUAUUCACUUGGAGCCGCCACCUAAAGAUGAGGCAGCCCCUGUGGAACAGCUCUAGAGCAGCUGCAGUUGAACAGGUCUCAUUAAACAAAGGGUCCCACUUGCACUAGGCCUGUGCUGAGAGAACCUUCUGCCUUUAGGCCACAGCGUAAGCUGCUACAGCUGCUACAGCUUCUCUACUGGAGAAUCCUCUGAUACGUGCUGCCUGUGUCGACUAGAAGCUCUUACGUUAUGUGAGUGAGGAAAAUGCAACUGGUGAGUAGAGUAGCUCUUCCAGUCUAAUGGGAAAUAUGUGUGUUCUGUCAGCGAUGGGAGAAAAUGGCAGCGUUCUUUCUGAAAGAAGCAUGUCAUUUGGUGAAGUGAUUGGUAAAAAGGGCUGUGUUACUUCUUAGAAUAGUUAUGAACAGGAAAAGUGGACAAGAAGGGAAGAAAUUAAUCUGAUUUUUAAACACUACUGAAUGCUUUUGGUUGUACUGUAUAUACAUUUUAACUUAAGUCUAUUUAUUUUGCCAGUAUCAAGCUAGUUAAGGUUGUCGGCAACACUUAAGGGUGGUUUUUAUAGGGCUACGUGUAGCCUACAUGAGUCCUUCAUGAUAACUGACCUAAGUGUACAUAAAUAUUCAUAAAUGCUAAUGGGGAUCAGCUAUCGUAAAGGCUAAUUUUUUUCAAUCUUGAUGUGAAGUUGACAUCCUUCAGUCAGGUGACAGUGUUAUGACACAAUCCAGCCUAAUGACUUUAUAGCGUAGUGUACUUUUUGUUUGUCACAAUCUCAAAACAGUAAUUGUCACAAAUCAAAUAUCAAAGAAAAUGCACAUAAUUCUGACAUAAGUGCAAUGAUAUUGCCAUAGGCAUUCAUAAAACUCUUAUAAGCUGAAUUAUGAGAUUCAAGCUAUGUCACAUCAUUGCCAUUAUUUCACUAUAACAUAUCAGAAGUACACUGGGCUACAAAGUCAGUUGUCAUGACAACAUUCUAAUGUCAAGUGUCAUUAAGACAACAGCAGUCUUUAUGAUAGCUGAUGCCUGUUGAAGUAAAUAUUUAUGUAGGGUUGUAUCAGUUGUCAUGAAGCACCUAUGGAGGUGUUAUGUAGCCCUAUGAACACUGCCCUGAAAUAUGUUAUAAGUUAUGACUUUUCUGUUUUGGUCAGUGAAAUCAUUAUACUUAGUUCUAGCAGUGUUUUGAAUAAAAAGUUUUAUAGGCAUAUAUUUUUGCAACAAAAAAAGAUCAUAUUUUUGAUCACGCAUUUCAGAUGAGAGGUGGUUGUGUGUUUUUAUUUAUUAAUCACCAGAGGUUGAUUAUUGGUGGAGAGAAUGUCUGGUACACAUCAUUGCCUGAGGUGGAGUUUUCUAGUUCAAGGCAGCAUCAAGAUGCCUCCUUCUAGCAGACUGGAGUAUUGGCAGGUCUUUGUAUUGAUGAUGCAGCCAUAGGCGUUUUUACAGACUGCAAGAAGUUCAUGUAUGUUUCGUUUGCUAGAAAACAACACCUCUACCUGAUCUUGAAUCGAACCUGCUUGUAUUAGUCAGAGGUCACUUGAGGUUGUGUGAUGGUUUUGAUGAGUUCAGCCAUAGGUCUGUAAAACACUUUACACUUAUAACAUUGUUUUAUCAUUUCAGUCUCAAUUCUUUCAUAGAUUUAUCUGUAUUGUGACAUUUAUUUUAUUAUAUUAAUGUAAAUGACAUGUCGUACAAUGUUUUCAAAUCAUUUCAGGACUGAAUUUGUUUAAUUAUAAAUCAUAACGGUACAACUGGAAGUAUUGAAUUUAUAGUUUGUAAAAAAUGUGCAAUAGGUUUGGUUUCCCCAUUUCAAACUGACUUAUUGGAAAUUCAUUUGAAGAAACCACUAGUCCUCAAGUCCUUUAAACAUUUCCCUGUUGAGUUUUCUAUAGUUCUAAAUUUUGUUUUGUAUUUUGCUGUUGACUUUUUUUUUUUAAUAAAAUGAAACGUUUAUAAACUUUU